CCCCCCCCACACACACUCACACUCGCAAUGGAAUACAAGGAAAAGGACGACAACGGAGGCACGUCCGUGCAGCCGGCGUACGCGCCCCCCGCGUACGCGCCCGACGCGGGGUCUGACCCCGAGAAGGCGUACCGUGUCGACCACACGGGGACGACCAUGCCGGGGAUGAACUUGAACAACCGCGGAGAGAUGGAAGGCGGCGUCAAGCGCUCGCUCAAGCAGCGACACAUGGCCAUGAUCGCCAUCGGCGGCGCUAUCGGUACUGGUCUCUUUGUCGGAUCGGGCGGCGCGCUCGCCAACGGCGGCCCCGUGGGCGUCUGGCUGGCCUACUGCAUCAUGGCGUCGAUGGUCUUCUCGAUGAUGGUCGCGCUCGGCGAGAUGGCGACCCUCUUCCCCGUCGCCGGCGCGUUCACGCACUAUGCCGCGCGCUUCGUCGACCCCGCGCUCGGCUUUGCCGUCGGCUUCAACUACUGGUACUCGUGGGCGAUCACCACCCCCACCGAGCUCGUCGCCUCGGCCAUUGUCAUCUCGUACUGGGACUCCAAGACCAACCCCGCCGUCUACAUCACCGUCACCAUGGUGCUCGUGUGGCUCGUCAACUUCUUCGGCGCGCGCGCGUACGGCGAGUGCGAGUUCUGGUUCUCGGCCAUCAAGGUCGUCACGAUUGUCGGCCUCAUCAUCCUCGGCCUCGUCCUCAUGUGCGGUGGCGGACCGAGCCACGACGCCAUCGGCUUCCGAUACUGGCGCAACCCGGGCCCGUUCAACCAGAUCGCGGCGGGCGACGGCGUCAUUGGCGGCCGCUGGGGCCAGUUCCUCGCCUUCUUUAGUGUGUUCACGCAGGCCGCCUUCUCGUUCAUCGGUACCGAGAUCGUCGCGACCACCCUCGGCGAGGCCCAGAACCCCCGCCGCACCGUCCCCCGUGCCAUCAAGCGUGUCUUCUACCGCCUCGUCAUCUUCUACGUCCUCGGCAUCUUCUUCAUCUCCGUGCUCGUCCCCUACACCGACUCGCGCCUCCUCGACGCGUCGGGAGCAGGUACCGCCAAGGCCUCGCCGUUCGUCAUUGCCAUUGAGAACGCCGGCAUCAAGGGCCUGCCCUCGGUCGUCAACGCCGUCAUCCUCGUCUCGGCCUGGUCGGCAGGCAACUCGGACGUCUACGCCGCCUCGCGUACCCUCUACGCCCUCUCCCUCCAGGGCCAGGCGCCCAGGUUCUUCCGCUACUGCCUCAAGAACGGCCUGCCCAUCUGGUGCAUCGUCGUCACGUCCCUCUUCGGCGCGCUCGCCUACCUCAACACCGGUGGUGAUGCCGCCGUCCAGGCCUUCAACUGGCUCUACAACAUCUCGGCCAUCUCGGGUAUCCUCGCCUGGUGGGCCAUCCUCUUGUCCUACCUCCGCUUCUACUACGGCCUCAAGCGCCAGGGCCUCUCGCGCGACAGCCACCCGUACAAGGCCCCCUUCCAGCCCUACCUCUCGUGGUACGGCAUCAUCUCCUUCACCAUCAUCAUGCUCUUCAACAACUUUGGCGUAUUCCUCAAGGGCAACUGGAAGGCGUCAAACUUUGUCGCCUCGUACAUCACCAUCCCCAUCUUUGCCGUCUGCUGGGUCGGCUGGAAGCUCCUCAAGCGUACCAAGCUGGUGCCCCUCGACCAGAUCGACUUUGUCUCGGGCCGCCGCCAGCUCGACGAGAUGGAGGAGAUGGACAAGGAGAUCUACGCCCCCGAGACGUGGUACCAGCGCUUGUCUUCCUACCUCUUCUAGGCGGCCAGGCGAGUCCGUGUCGUCUUGUAGUCAGUCGUCUCUUGCAGCGCGCUUCGCGUACGCCCUCACGUUACAUUAAUAUAGCGACAUCGUAACGCACUGUAGUCUUGUAUGCCAGUCAUUGUCGUGG